CUUCAGCUCAGACAUGCCGAUGUGAUUAAUCACCGCCCGAGCCUCCUUUAAACCCCGCCGAGCGGCGGCAGCAGCCCCGGGACCAUCCUGCGCAGCGACACCGGGGAACGGAGCGACAGCGGCGGCCACUCCGGGGGAAUGCCGACCGGCCUCUUCUGCUCCCAGACAGCCGUCGAACGGGGUGUUUGUUUCGUCGAUGAGGAUUCCUGGACAGCAGCAUGGCACAGUGUCGGCUGAGCAUCUUGACGUUCAGAUGCUCACGGACAGUAAAGUGGCCAAUCAUGGCAAGCAGGUCAGCAGCGACGGCCGAUCCGGCGUGAACCAGCAGGCGCCGCAGCAGGGGGCCGCCACACACCCGGGUUCAAAGGCUCCCGGCAGCCAUGGAGUCAAAUCCAACCAGGUGUCCCUCAGCAGUCCUGGGCUGAGGUCUGUCGGCCAAUCGGCGAGCGGCGUCGGAGCGGCGAUGAGAACCAAAUCCAAGCGGGAGCGGAGCGUCUCCAUGGACUCGGGGGUGUCGAGGGAUACCGUUCCACUGGUCCUGGAGACGGACGCCAAAGGAGAGGGUGUCAUGCGGAGCAAACGGCGCUGCGUUCUGACGAAGAAACAGCCGUACAGCGGAGACGAGUGGUGUUCUGGACCGGACACGGACGACGAGGACAAGCCGCACCCUGGAUCCCAGCGUCCGAUCCAGGGGCUCUCCGAUCGCCUCCCUGCAGGACACAAAUCAGAGCCUGGGGGCGCCAUGAUGGGGCCGGGGCUAAAACCAGAACCACCGCAGCCUCCACAGCAACUCGUGUACGUUUUCACCACCAGCCUAGCCAACAGCGCUGCAGAAGCAGUGAUGAAAGGCCAGACCGAGUCCAUCCUUCAGUUUCACCAGCAAAACGUUUCGCAGUCCAAGCUGGAGCAGGGUUACCAACAAGGGAAGCUUUCUAGCGUAUCUGAGAAGGUAAACUCCAUCAACUCUCCGCUCAUAGGAACCCCCAAAUCCCAAAGUGGAACUCCACGGCCAGCCUCUGCAGGAGCCGGGGGUCCGUUGCCUUUAGCAGGGACGCCCUCGUCAGCAGGACACUCUGAUAAUGAAUCUUCUCAGACCAGACCUGCUGGAGCUUCCAGCAACAACAUCGCCACCCACAGGUCAGAGGUAGGAAGCAAAGCCACUUCUGGAGGUGCAGACCAUGGAAACAUAGAGGGUGUGGGUGGUAUGGCUAUUUCCAGUGCUGCUGCAUCCCCAUCAGGAAGUCCCAGCAUCUUGUCUGCACAUCUACAGGGUGACCCAGUCCAAAGGAGCGGCCCUGUGAGCAUAGACUGUCUUUCCAAAGAACAGCUUGAGCACAGAGAGCGCUCUUUGCAGACUCUGAGAGACAUUGAGAGGCUGUUUCUUCGUGGCGUAACAGCGGGAAGUCCUGGAGACCCAGGAGGCUCCAACAACCCAGCUAACCCAAGUAAUAACGCAGAGAGGAGUGGGAUUGAUGAGCCUGAGCAUGGUACGAACAACUCAGGAAACUGUGGCAGUGGGAACAUGCUAACCUCCACUUCAGUGGGAGGAAUGAAGAAGUAUGAAGAGCCCCUGCAGUCCAUGAUUUCUCAAACUCAGUCCCUUGUUGGACCUGCCCUUGACAGCCCCCAGAUGGAUUCUCACUUACCACAACACCCACAUCACCAAAUAUCUUCACCCAGGGACAACAUGGGUCCCCUGCUUGGACCGGAUGGGCUGUCACGAGAACAGAUGGCUUGGAGGAAACUUCAAGAAGAGUACUAUCAAGAAAAGAGACGUCAACAGGAGAUGCAGCCUUCUGGUCAUCCGCAGCACUUCAGAAUGAUUCCUGAGGUGGGUGUGCACGGAGGUUCUGUGAUGAUUAGAGGACCCCCUCCUCCUUACCACAGCAAGCUUGGAGACCAGCAGUGGAGUCCUACUAAUUUGAUGAGAGCUGGAAUGGGUGGAAAUGGACGAAUAUUGGAUCUGCACCAAGAGGGACCACGUGGUCCUAGGUUCCUAGGGCAAAUCCAAAGAGGGCAGCCUGGUGCAGGUGGCUUUCCUGGUAGUCCUGGGGGAGGUUUAUCAAUAGAGGGUCUAGGACCUCAAAGAACCAGUCGUUCGGGGAUGAUUUGGCCUGAUGAUAUGCCGAACAACAUUGGCGGGGGAGGCGUCUUCCAUGGCUGUUAUCCCAGCGGGCCUUCGCCGCAUUUUCAAGGGGACUCUGAGUUUUUAACGCGUGAGGAAAUGUUUAGGAUCAUGGAGAAACGGCACAUGCAGGGUGUUUCCAGGUUUGAACUGGACAGACUGGCGAAACAGCAGCAACAGGGAAACAUGGGCACAAGAAUUAUAGAUAGUCUUGGUGCCCCAGACUUUCCUAAUAUGGGAAUGGGCCGCGGUCCACCCUCUGCUCGAGGUGAUCCAAUGGACUUUCCUGGUUCCCGAGAGAUGAUGGGGUCACCUGGUGCAUGUCCUCAGAUGAGAGACUUGGUGGAUUCUCCUUUAGGGAGCAAUAUUCCAAUGAACAUGAACCCACAGAUGACUCUUCAACAGCAGCAGCAGAUGAUGCUCUCUCAGAGACUCCGAGGCAGUCACGGAGGCAGAGGGACCUUAGGUGAGAUGUUUGGAACUGGAGACAUUUCACGAAUCAGUGCUUCACAAAACGAUAGAGGACGAAAUAAGGGAAUGAUCCCUGGACCUGAUGGCCCCUUCCAGUUUCCUAGUCAAGGUCCUUUUUCUGAAGGACAAGUAGAUGGACCUUAUCUUCAGCAACCUGGCCCUGAGAUGUUUGGACCUGAACAGACAGGUCCCAGUCCAAUUGGAGGUACAUUGCGGCUCAGCCAUCUGCCACUGACUGAAGAACUUAGAGGACCAGAUAUUGGUUCUAGGCACCCCUCUGACCUGUCCAGUAACGUUAACGCCCUAACAUCUCCCUCAGUUCCGCCUUCUCACCAACUCAAGUCACCAUCUCUCAGUCAAGAGCCAUCUCCCCUUUUGCCUUCGCCUUCUGCUCAAGGACUGAAGUCACCAAUCUCCUCUGCUGGGCAUCACCCCACAUUUCCCCCAGCAUCCGGUGCAGGGACUCCUUGCUCUAAUUCCUUGAAGUCUCCUCAAAUAAUGGGUUCCUCCAACCUUGUGUUGCAUUCUCCAUCCAAUUCUCCUGGACAGCUCAAGUCUCCAGCUAUAGCUAUGGGCUCUCCUGUGUGGACAGGAGAGCCUAAAGCAGCUCUUCCAAGUCCAGGGGGUCCAACCGGUGGGAAAGUUGUUGGAAAUGGAGGUAGUGGCUCCACUGAUACAGGCCAGUCCCAUCCCCCAAGGAGUUCCAGUUCGACCCCCAUUAGCCAGCCGGGCUCCAUGAACCCCAGUAUGCCGUUUACGACGUCUCCCGAUGCCCCGCCAUCUCAGAAUCCUUUAUCCCUGAUCAUGUCCCAGAUGUCCAGGUAUGCCGUUCCCAGUUCUACUCCUCUCUACCAUGACGCAAUCAAGACGAUUGCCACGUCCGAUGACGAGAUGAUGCCAGAGCGCCCUCUUCUGUCUGGAGUCAGUAUUGGAGGAGGCAUGGGGACGAACGAGGCGUCGCAGAUGCUCGUCCCCCAGGGCUCCACUGGCCCCCACAAUGACCCCCAAAGCCCCCUGGGCGUUGUCAGCCAAGGUCAGCAGCACCUGUCCCAUGAUGCCUCGGGACCUGCGCUUUCCUCGCCAAACCAAAUGGGUCUGCCGGCCAUGAAUUCGGUCAUCAUGGGAGGGGGCCCUCCUGACAGGAUGGGGCCCAGCAACGUGUCACCGUUGUCUCAGAACCAAAUGGCGGGUUUUCCUCGCGUGCAGCCGUCGUCUCUUGGGCCCAUGCACUCACCGGUUCGAGGAAUGUCUCAGAGUUUCUCCCAGUCCAGCGACAACCUCCUGCCUCAUCAGCAGCUGCAGCUGCUGAGCAAAGGUCAUCACCAACGCACCGCCCACCCCUCAGACUCUUUUGCUUCUCUUCCGAUGAGGGACGGUCCAGAUUUAAGCGAGGUUAUCCGACCCACCCACACGGGGAUCCCAGAGUUUGACCUCUCCCGCAUCAUUCCCUCGGAGAAGCCCAGCAGCACCCUUCAGUACUUCCCGAAGAGCGAGCCCCAUCAGGGCCCGCCGUCGCAGCAGCUCCUCAAACAGCUGUCCGCAUCUGGACCUCAGCACUGCGGCGGCCCCUCGUGCAACCCCCACUUGGCGAGCCUGCAGAGCAUGGCGGAGCAGCAGCUGCUGCCUCACCCCUCUCACGGGGGAAUUCGCCAGAACAUGGGCCUUCCUCAGGCGGGGCCGAGGGGUAUGGUGCCCACUGGUGGCAUGGGCUCCAUGUGUCCCCCCGGACACCUAAUGGGGCGGACAGGCCUGAUGCCCCAGCAGCAGCAGCCAGCCAUGAUGGCCAACAGCCUUCUCCACCACCCCUCCAACCCAUAUGCUGGAAUGAUGCCGUCUCAGCAUAAUUUAAUGUCGCAGCAGAACAUUCUGAUGAUGCAGGCCAAGCAGCGCGGCAUGCCAAUUCCAGGGGAACCCUUCGGACACCAGGGCCCCAUGUUGGGCCCUCCCCACCCUCAGUCUGGCAUGAUGGGCCAGCAGUCCCUCAGACAGCGGGGGAUGUCCCUGGACAGUCCGAUCGGCUACGGCUCCGGCGGUAUGGCCAACAUGCCUUUCUGAACCAUCUCAGCUGUUUUAAAACGUGUCCCAUCGUGUCUUUUUCUUCUUCUUUUUUUAAAUCGUUGUAGUUGUCGGGAAAGAGAAACGCUUUUAAAAACAAAUCGGUGAUAAUCUUCACGUUUUGGGUUAAAUAAAAUAAAAUAAAAAAUUAAAAAGCACUGUAACACUGUUGAAUAAAUCUGAAGCCAUUUUCUAAAAAAGAAAAUACUGUAAAUUGUAUAAAUUAAAACAAAAAAAAAAGUCUGUGUAUUUGUUGUGAUUAGGAGAAGAGUGCCUCAGAUUUCUUUGUUUGAACAUCAUUGAUUUAUUUUC